GAGAUGGGGUUUCACUAUGUUACCCAGGCUGGUCUGGAACUCAUGAGGCAAUCCACCCACCUCAGCCUCCCAAAGUGCUGGGAUUACAGGCAUGAACCACCGUGCCAGGCCUGGGUACAGUAUUUGAACCUAGGUCUGCCCAACUCAUGAGUCCCUGCGUUGAGUAUCCUGGCUCCUCAGGGUUGAGUCUAUGAGUUAGGGGUUGGAUCUGAAUAGAACCGUUCUAAGACAGUUAAACAGGCAGGCACGUGGAUGCUUUCUGAAGGCUCUGGGUGAUACUGGGUUCCAGGAUCCAGACAUUUACAAUAACCAUCAUACAUUAAUGAAAUAGCCCACAUUUUAAGAAAGUGCUUACUAUUAGAGAAUAGUUUUGAAGACUCUAUUGGGUAGGUAGAUUGGAGCCUGGAAAUAGAUCUCUUUAGAUUUGCUGUUACUGUACCCUGAAGAGUUAAGGGGAGCAGAAAUACAGGCACUUCUUGAACAGUGGCCAUGCCUGCUCAUUGGGCAAAUUAUCAGGCAAUAAUAACAAAGAGCUUUACGUCCCCAGGUCCUUCAAAUGGACGAGGGCAGAUGAAGGGAAAAUAUGUCAGCAGUUCAUUUUACCUUAGAGAGUAGGUGGCAAACCAAAAGUGUAUAUGGGUUCUUGUCUUUGUUCUGGUUCCUUUUUUUUUUUCUCUUUUUUCUCUGAGACAGGGUCUUGCUCUGUCACCUUGGCUGGAGCGCAGUGGUGCAAUCACGGCUUACUGUAGCCUCCAACUCCUGGGCUCACAAGACCCUCCUGCCUCAGCCUCCUGAGUAGCUGGGACUACAGGCAAACGCCACCACACCCAGCUAAUUGAUUCCAUUUGUAUCUGUCCUAUUCAGGCCCUUCUUUCUAGUUUAUGUCUCUUACACAGCAAAUAGUUUAGCUCCACCCCCAAACCCCCACAAGUCUUUUUCCCUAUGCAUAUUUAUGUGUGGAUAUAUAUAUAUGUUGUAGAUAAAGUCUGGAUACUGUUGAAUAGCCUACAUCCCGCACUUAGAUUGCAAUUAUGUGUCCCCUGUAACCAUUCUAUUUUAAUCUUUGUAAAAGUUCCCUUUAUGACAGGGUUAAAUUAUGAAGACCGCCAAGUGAUUAAAUACUACAUGAAUCAUUUAAAAACGAUGGUUCCUGAAGUUUGAAAUACCAUUCUUAUUUGUAAAGUAUUAUUAGCUUAUUUGAUAACAGUCUAGUUUAAGAUGUAGUACACCCAUGUAGCUGGCUAGGAAAUGGAUUAUUUUUAUAGUAGUAUAAAUGCUUUUGUAGUAUGCCUUUAGAUGGCAGCAUCUCUCACCAUAAACCAUCUUUUGAACAGAAUUUCUUAGAUGCAGAAGACAUUUGAGACAGAAGGAUGGUCUAUCUGCAUCACCCCAUCAUGACACAGUGGUGGAACUGGGCCCCUGGGACUGUCAGGGCUAUGGCCCAGGGCUAAGAAGAGGGGAUAGUUGUAGAUUCCUGCCUGCAUGUCUUCUACCCCUUCUCUUACUGAUGUAAAAUGUUUCCUAUCUCUGUGGUCUUGCUAAAAGCCACUUUAAGGCAACCAAGGAACACUAGAAUCAAGGGAGUGAUUUUGGACCAAAAUGUAACAGAAUAGGCAGUAUUUUCUUUAUUUUUGAGACAGGGUUUCACCCUGUCACCCAGGCUAGAGUGCAGUGGUGUGAUCUUGGCUCACUGCAACCUUUACCUCCUGGGCUCAAGUGAUCCUCCCACCUCAGCCUCCUGAGUAGCUUGGACUUCAGGCGCACAUCACUGCACCCAGCUAACUUUGUUUAUUUUUAUUUAUUUAUUUUUUGAGACGGAGUCUUGCUCUGUUGCCCAGGCUAGAGUGCAGUGGCAUGAUCUCAGCUCACUGCAGACUCCACCUCCUGGGUUCACGCGAUUCUCCUGCCUCAGCCUCCUGAGUAGGUGGGAUUACAGGUGCCCACGACCGCGCCUGGCUAAUUUUUGUAUUUUUUUAGUUGAGACGGGGUUUCACCAUCUUGGCCAGGCUGGUCUCGAACUCCUGACCUCAUGAUCCACCCACCUCGGCCUCCCAAUGUGCUGUGAUUACAGGCAUGAGCCACCGCGCCUGGCCUCUUUGUUAUUAUUUUUGUAUAGAGACCAGGUCUUCACUGUGUUGCCCAGGCUUGUCUCAAACUCCUGGGCUCAAGUGAUCCUUCUGUGUUGGCCUAAGUGCAAGAAUUACAGGUGUGAGCCACCGCGCCUAGCCUUUUAAUUUUUUUUAAGCAGUUUUGUUUAGGUAUAAUACACAUCCAUACAGUUCACCCAUUUAAAGCAUACAAUAGACUAAUUUUAAAUAUAUUCAUAGAGUUGUACAACCAUCCCUACAACCUAAUUUUAGAACAUUUGGUCACUCUAGAAAGAAGUCACAUAUCCCUUACCAUUACCCCACAGGCCUGCAUAGCCUGCAUAACCCCCAGCCCCUGGCAACCAUUUAUACUUUCUGAAAGAUUUGGCUAUUCUGGGCAUGACAUAUGAAUGGAAUCAUGUAGAUCCUUUGUGACUGGCUUCUUUCGCUUAGCAGAAUGUUUUCAAGCUUCAUCCAUGUUGUAGCAUGAAUCGAUACUUCAUUCCUUUCUACUGCCCAAUAAUAUUCCAUUGUGUGGGCAAAGAACAUUUUGUUGUUGUCAUUUGACGUACCUUUAGCUAGUACAAAUGGCGUUACUAUGAGCAUUCGUGUACAAGUUUUUGUGUGAACAUAUAUUCCCAUAGGAGUAGAACUGCAGGGCCAUGUAGUAACUCUGCACUUAACCUUUUGAACGACUGCCAAACUGUUUUCCAAAACGGCUGCAUCAUUGUAUGUGAGGGUUCCAUCCAGUCUUAUGAAGAAUUCCGGAUUUUCUGAUAAUAAGCAGGGGCUGUGGGAACAGGAGGUGCGAGAUAAGCCUGUUGGUCUCUCCUAUGUCUGACCCGCUUGCUGGCUGCUGUGCCCCGCACAGUCACUGUGCGUCACCAGCCAGAUAAGAUGCCUGCGUUCUUGUGGCUGGUGCGCAGACUGUGUUGCUGUUACAGGCCGGCUGUUUGUAAUCCUUGCCUCCUGACUUUAGAGAUACCAAGCUACCAAAUCGUCUUUGUCCCAUCCUUGUCCUAGUUAGAGGAAAAUCAAACCCUUCAUCACAAAGCAGUCCAGGUUUGAACAUGUCAAAAUCACCCACUUGACCAGUGAAGACAGCUGUAGCGACUUCACAGCAAGAGAGCAGCUUUUGUUUUUGUUAGGGUUUACAUUCUCAAAUCUGAGCUUACUCUUUUCUUCUUUGGCAGGCCAGACUGGACGUUCCCUCGUCUGUACUGAAAUUGUGUGUGUGUGCGCGCGUGUUUAAGGGAGGGGAAGGCACUGGCUCUUCCUCUAGGCAUAUUUGGGUCCUGGUCCCGUCAGGAAGCCCAAGUAUGUGGAAAGCCCCAGAGUGCCUGGAGAUGCAGUUAUAAUGCCAUUCAGAGAAGUAUCCAAGCCAACAGAGCCUGAUGAGCAUGAAGCAAAGGCCGAUAAUGAACCGAGCUGUUCGCCGGCAGCUCAAGAACUGUUGACAAGGCUGGGAUUUUUACUGGGAGAAGGGAUCCCAAGUGCCACACACAUAACCAUUGAAGACAAAAAUGAAACCAUGUGCACAGCUCUGAGUCAAGGCAUCAGUCCUUGCUCCACACUAACAAGCAGCACCGCAUCUCCUAGCACCGAUAGCCCCUGCUCAACCUUGAAUAGCUGUGUCAGCAAGACGGCAGCCAACAAAAGUCCCUGUGAGACCAUUAGCAGCCCUAGUUCCACCCUGGAAAGCAAGGACAGUGGAAUUAUAGCCACAAUUACAAGUUCAUCCGAAAAUGAUGACCGGAGUGGCUCCAGUUUGGAAUGGAAUAAAGAUGGAAGCCUAAGAUUAGGGGUUCAGAAGGGAGUGCUUCAUGACCGCAGGGCAGAUAACUGCUCCCCAGUGGCAGAAGAGGAGACCACCGGGUCAGCAGAGAGCACGCUGCCCAAAGCAGAAUCCUCAGCUGGAGAUGGUCCAGUCCCUUAUUCUCAGGGCUCCAGCUCACUAAUAAUGCCACGGCCCAACUCAGUUGCAGCAACAAGCUCAACCAAAUUGGAAGAUCUGAGUUAUUUAGACGGGCAGAGAAAUGCUCCUCUACGGACGUCAAUUAGAUUACCAUGGCACAAUACGGCCGGAGGUAGGGCACAGGAAGUUAAAGCACGAUUUGCUCCCUACAAGCCACAAGACAUUUUGUUGAAACCCUUGUUGUUUGAAGUACCAAGCAUAACAACAGACUCUGUGUUUGUGGGAAGGGAUUGGCUCUUUCACCAGAUAGAAGAAAACUUGAGGAACACAGAACUGGCAGAAAACAGAGGCGCGGUGGUGGUUGGCAAUGUGGGAUUUGGGAAGACGGCAAUCAUUUCCAAGUUGGUGGCCCUGAGCUGCCACGGAAGCCGCAUGAGGCAGAUUGCUUCCAACAGCCCGGGUUCAUCACCUAAAACCUCUGACCCCACUCAGGAUCUUCAUUUCACUCCGUUGCUUUCACCGAGCUCUUCCACAAGUGCUUCCAGCACAGCUAAAACACCUCUUGGGUCUAUCAGUGCUGAAAAUCAGAGACCAAGAGAGGAUGCAGUGAAAUAUCUUGCUUCUAAGGUGGUGGCCUACCACUACUGCCAGGCUGACAACACGUACACUUGCCUGGUGCCCGAGUUUGUGCACAGCAUCGCGGCUUUGCUCUGCCGGUCCCAUCAGCUGGCCGCCUACAGAGACCUUCUGAUAAAGGAGCCCCAACUACAGAGCAUGCUGAGCCUCCGAUCCUGUGUGCAGGACCCGGUGGCAGCUUUCAAGAGGGGAGUGCUGGAGCCACUCACAAACCUGAGAAAUGAGCAGAAAAUUCCUGAAGAAGAAUACAUUAUUUUGAUAGAUGGCUUAAAUGAAGCUGAGUUUCAUAAACCUGAUUAUGGAGAUACGCUUUCUUCAUUUAUUACCAAAAUUAUUUCUAAAUUUCCUGCCUGGUUGAAGUUGAUUGUGACUGUAAGAGCAAAUUUUCAGGAAAUCAUAAGUGCACUGCCGUUUGUCAAGCUUUCCUUAGAUGACUUCCCAGACAACAAAGACAUCCACAGUGACCUGCACGCCUACGUCCAGCACAGGGUGCACAGCAGCCAGGACAUCCUCAGCAACAUCUCCCUGAACGGCAAGGCCGAUGCCACACUCAUUGGAAAAGUGAGCAGCCACCUGGUGCUGCGGAGCCUCGGCUCCUACCUGUACCUCAAGCUCACCCUGGACCUCUUCCAGAGGGGCCACUUGGUCAUUAAGAGUGCCAGCUACAAGGUGGUGCCCGUGUCUCUCUCUGAGCUCUAUUUGCUUCAGUGCAACAUGAAGUUCAUGACCCAGUCCGCCUUUGAGAGGGCACUUCCAAUUCUCAACGUGGCCCUCGCAUCCCUCCACCCCAUGACAGACGAGCAGAUCUUUCAGGCUAUUAAUGCUGGCCACAUCCAGGGGGAGCAGGGAUGGGAAGACUUUCAGCAGAGGAUGGACGCCCUCUCCUGCUUCCUCAUUAAGAGGCGAGACAAAACCCGCAUGUUCUGCCACCCGUCCUUCAGGGAGUGGCUUGUUUGGAGAGCAGACGGGGAAAACACGGCCUUCCUGUGUGAGCCCAGGAACGGGCACGCGCUCCUGGCAUUCAUGUUCUCGCGUCAGGAGGGCAAGUUGAACCGCCAGCAGACCAUGGAGCUUGGCCACCACAUCCUGAAGGCGCACAUUUUCAAGGGCCUCAGUAAGAAGACGGGAAUUUCUUCAAGCCAUCUCCAAGCCCUGUGGAUCGGCUACAGCACCGAGGGGCUGUCCGCCGCCCUGGCCUCUCUCAGGAAUCUCUAUACUCCCAACGUGAAGGUGAGCCGUCUCCUGAUUUUGGGAGGGGCCAACGUGAACUACAGGACAGAAGUGUUAAAUAAUGCCCCAAUCCUGUGCGUCCAGUCUCACCUUGGCCACGAGGAAGUUGUCACUCUGCUCCUGGAAUUUGGUGCCUGCCUGGACGGAACGUCAGAGAACGGCAUGACUGCCCUCUGUUAUGCAGCAGCUGCUGGCCACAUGAAGCUGGUGUGUCUGCUGACCAAGAAGGGAGCGAGGGUGGACCACUUGGAUAAGAAGGGCCAGUGUGCGCUUGUCCACAGUGCCCUACGGGGCCACGGUGACAUUCUUCACUACCUGCUGACUUGUGAGUGGUCGCCGGGUCCUCCCCAGCCAGGCGCCCUGAGGAAGAGCCACGCCCUGCAGCAGGCGCUGACCGCGGCCGCCAGCAUGGGCCACAGCUCGGUGGUCCAGUGCUUGCUGGGGAUGGAGAAGGAACAUGAAGUAGAAGUCAAUGGCACCGACACAUUGUGGGGAGAAACAGCCCUGACUGCCGCCGCAGGAAGAGGGAAGCUGGAGGUCUGUGAGCUGCUGCUGGGGCAUGGAGCUGCUGUGUCACGGACAAACAGGAGAGGGGUUCCACCUUUGUUUUGUGCAGCACGCCAGGGGCAUUGGCAGAUUGUUAGACUGCUGUUGGAACGCGGCUGUGAUGUGAACCUAAGUGACAAGCAAGGCCGGACGCCCCUCAUGGUGGCUGCUUGUGAAGGGCACUUGAGCACCGUGGAAUUCCUCCUUUCAAAAGGUGCAGCCCUUUCUUCUCUAGACAAAGAGGGUUUGUCAGCAUUAAGCUGGGCUUGUCUGAAAGGUCACAGGGCAGUGGUCCAGUAUCUGGUUGAAGAAGGAGCUGCAAUAGACCAGACAGACAAGAAUGGCCGCACACCCUUGGACCUGGCUGCCUUCUAUGGCGAUGCCGAGACUGUGCUGUACCUGGUGGAGAAGGGAGCCGUGAUCGAGCAUGUGGACCACAGCGGGAUGCGGCCCUUGGACAGAGCCAUCGGCUGCCGGAACACAUCUGUAGUGGUGGCGCUACUCAGAAAGGGAGCCAAGUUAGGAAAUGCCGCUUGGGCGAUGGCCACUUCCAAACCUGAUAUCUUGAUUAUACUUUUACAGAAAUUAAUGGAGGAAGGAAAUGUGAUGUACAAAAAAGGGAAGAUGAAAGAGGCAGCCCAGAGGUACCAGUAUGCCUUAAGAAAGUUUCCUCGAGAAGGAUUCGGAGAGGACAUGAGACCCUUCAAUGAAUUAAGGGUUUCCCUCUAUCUCAAUUUGUCGCGAUGCCGAAGAAAAACAAAUGACUUUGGCAUGGCAGAGGAAUUUGCUUCCAAGGCUCUCGAAUUGAAGCCCAAGUCCUAUGAAGCCUUUUAUGCCAGAGCAAGAGCAAAGAGAAAUAGCAGGCAAUUCGUGGCAGCUCUGGCUGACCUGCAAGAGGCUGUGAAACUCUGUCCCACCAAUCAGGAAAUCAAGAGGCUUCUGGCCCGCGUAGAAGAGGAGUGCAAACAACUCCAGAGGAGUCAACAGCAAAAACAGCAGGGCCCGCUACCAGCUCCACCCAACGACUCCGAGAACGAAGAGGACACCCCAACCCCUGGCUUAAGUGACCACUUUCACUCUGAGGAGACUGAAGAGGAAGAAACUUCUCCCCAGGAAGAAUCUGUUUCCCCAACUCCCAGGUCCCAGCCAUCCUCAUCUGUCCCUUCCUCAUACAUCCGAAACCUUCAAGAAGGGUUACAGUCCAAAGGAAGGCCGGUAUCGCCACAGAGCAGGGCAGGAAUCAGCAAGUCCCUGAGAGAGCCUGUGGCCCAGCCAGGGCUGGUCCUGCAGCCCUCCAAGCAGGCCCAGAUCGUGAAAACCAGCCAGCACCUGGGCUCUGGCCAGUUGGCAGUGAGAAAUGGCAGUAUGAAAGUUCAGAUCUCUUCUCAGAACCCUCCCCCAAGUCCCAUGCCGGGGAGAAUCGCUGCCGCUCCUGCUGGGAGCAGAACCCAGCAUUUAGAGGGAACAGGUACUUUCACUACAAGAGCUGGUUGUGGCCACUUUGGGGAUCGGCUGGGCCCCAGCCAGAAUGUCCGCCUGCAGUGCGGUGAGAGUGGCCCUGCACACCCUUUACCAAGUAAGAUGAAAACCACAGAGAGGCUUCUGUCUCAUUCCUCCGUGGCUGUGGACGCAGCCCCUCCAAACCAAGGUGGGCUGGCGACCUGCAGCGACGUGCGACACCCAGCUUCCCUCACCAGCUCAGGCUCUUCUGGUUCUCCAUCCAGCAGCAUAAAGAUGUCGAGUUCAACCAGUAGUUUGACUUCGAGCAGCAGUUUUUCAGAUGGCUUCAAGGUCCAAGGACCAGAUACUCGAAUUAAAGACAAGGUUGUAACCCACGUUCAAAGCGGUACAGCUGAGCACAGACCCCGCAACACGCCGUUCAUGGGCAUCAUGGAUAAGACUGCGAGGUUCCAACAGCAGAGCAAUCCUCCAAGCCGCACCUGGCACUGUCCGGCGCCAGAGGGGCUGCUGACAAACACGUCUUCUGCAGCUGGCCUGCAGUCUGCUAACACUGAGAAGCCCUCUCUCAAGCAAGUAGGAGGAUAUAAUAACCAAGCCAAAACCUGUUCUGUUUCUACCCUGAGUGCAAGUGUCCACAAUGGGGCACAAGUGAAGGAGCUAGAAGAAAGCAAGUGUCAAAUUCCAGUCCACUCUCAAGAGAACAGGAUAACUAAGACUGUUUCUCAUCUGUACCAGGAAAGUAUCUCCAAACAGCAGCCUCAUAUUAGUAAUGAAGCCCACAGGAGCCACCUCACUGCAGCCAAACCAAAGCGAUCAUUUAUAGAGUCAAAUGUGUGAACCUUAAGAAAGCCCCAUUUGUGGAAUUUGGAAACGUGUGUUGACUCCUGGUGGUAAAUUAAAUAGUUUUUUUAAUCAGAAAAAUUAUUUUUUAGCCAUUUUUUUUCUUUGGGGUGGAUCUGAUGCCAUUGAUAUAUCUAAAAUGUGGGAUAAAACUUCUUUAAUAGCUAGAAAUCACCAUAAAUAAGAAUGCUAAACAGAAUUGAAAAUUAUAUCAACUUAAAAUUUUAAGACAGCCCAGAAGACAUUAAUGACUCUCACUUAUGAAAUUGUUUGGCUUUUGCCACUUUCCUCCUUGCCUUUGCUAUAUGGUAGAAUCACAGAACUUACUUAGAGAAUAAAUAUGUCUAUUGUUCAAGAGUGACAGGUUUAACUCAUGACCAAGUGAUGUACAUCCAAGUGAUGUAUUCUGGAAGCGAUGGAAUUUUACAGUUACAGUUCCAUUGAGUCAAAUCCCAUUUUAUAUAUACAUAAAAAUUAAGUUCUGAGUGACUUCUAGCUAAAUAUAAGUGUGACUGUAAACGCAGCCAAUUUUUUUAAGCAGAAUAUGAGAACACCUAAGUAUUCCCUUCAUAGCAGUUCCUAUAAAGGGAUUAAACACUUAUUUCUGUGUUAUGGUUCUUAUUCAUAUAUUUUUAUAGCACCUUUUUUUGGAACCUAUAUUUGUGCUUGAAGGUGUUUUUGAUAUUUGGAAACAGUAUAAGCCAUUUGGAGUCAUGAUUGGUGGUCAAGUGGAUUCAAGCUAAAAUACUAAGACCAGCAUUCUUGGUGGCACUUAUAAAUUAGCUCUCACCUGGUUUCCAAACUGCUUUUAACAAUGGUAGUGCUCCUGGAACAAUCCUUCCAAGCUCCUCUAAGGACAAUAUUUAAUUCAGAUACUAAAGGUAGGACUGGUUGUUACUUCUGUUUUGUUGUACAAUUAGUACUUUAUAGUCACAUGUUGUAUAUAUUAAAUAGCCCAGUUUUAUUCAGACUUGUAAAUAGAACUGUUUCAAUGUAGUUAAUCUAAAAACAAAAAAGAAAACCCCAGUCAUGAUGUGCAUGUUCUCUGUAAGCUUCAUCCAUGCUGGUUAUUGCACUGAAUGAUAUAUUAUUAUGGCAUGUUAACAGUAUACCAGUAACAGCACUUUAUCUCAUUUAUAUGAACACCUUUGAGGUGCUACUUAAGUCCAAGCUCUGAUGUAUUAUUCAUUUGUAAAGAUAAGGUACAGGAAUGAACCUUGGUUUAAAGGUAUUUUUAUACGAAAAUGGUGUGUUAUUGGAAGAUGUUAAAAUGCUAAUUUGAGAGAAGUAGGAGUGUAUUUGUUUUAUAUGUUGGGAUGUGAAAUUUAUUAUUUUCUAAAAUUGAGGAGAAGGAAGUUAUAUAUUUGCAGAAUGUUUUAAAGUGAAUUGUUGUAAUGAAGUUCCUGUGAACAUCAUUAUGGUUUUGUACAAAUAGGAACCUCUGAUGUCAUUCUUCAACGUUUGUUCCUGUGUGUACAAUUGUACUUUGUAUGAACAGCUUUAUCAUUUUUAUAGGCUUUCCAUGAGUUUUGCUGUAACUACUAUGGCUUAUUUAUUUUCUUUAAUAUUUGUGAAAGUCUUACUCCUUUGUUAGUUUUGUUUCUGCACAACUACUGUACUUUUCCAUAUGGAAUAAAGACUAUUAAUAGAA